GGAUCUGAAUCUGAUGUUUGCCUCCGCGUCGAAUUCGAUGUCGAAAAAGAGAAAGAGAGUGGGAAAUGUUUGCCAACCAACAACCGAUCCGAUCGGAUAGAAGCACAGCCCAAGCAGUAGUAGCAGGAGAGCCCAAACAUUCAACACAUUACACACUUCUCGUUGAGUCCGCGUUGAGUCUAGAGGCACGUUUUCCACUUGUCGCGCGCGUACUCCUCCAAAGAGGUACACAACGGCUACGGUCCGGUCUUCGCAAACAACGUCGGUUUAGUACUCGCUGGUGUGUCGUCGACGUACGACGGCAAAUUUUGUGCCUCUUCGCUAUAUCGCCUGCGGUACGAACUUUUCAACGUCAACAACAGUCUAUUGUUGAAUCAGUCAGUUUAUAUCAGAACGUGUGUUUAUUGGAACCUGUUGUUCUAUCGGUGCACAUGACAAGUUCUUUGAAUAAAGCAGUGAAAACAAACAAGCACAAGUGUAUGUGUACUGGAAGAAUCUUAGAAACACAAACAUCAUUUAUGAAGUUUGAAUAUAAAUUAGUGAAGUUCCCGGAUUCUUCUGUUUCGUUUUGGUGAUUCUGGUUCCGGGAUUGGGUGAAUAAGGAAUCAUCUCGAAAAAUAUUACAUUUAUUCGACGGAGAACCGGUUUCUGUUAUGUGAAUCAGAGAAUCCGGAAUCGGGCGUUCAAAGAGAAGACCGGAAAGCAACGAACACGGAAAAAAGAACAGCACAAGGAAGUCGCGCGAACCGCGAAUUGAUGAGCUUCUAGGGAGUCAACGGUUGCGCUGCUCGUUGAUCCAAUAAAGAUCGUAGAAUUCGCGAACAAAGUGAAGAAGUGUCUCAGAAAAGGGUAGCCAGAACGAACGCUCUGCGAAACUGAGCGAAGAUACGGCAGUGUCGAGUGCGACAACGGGCUACAGAAUUCGCCAUCGCAUAUUUCGCGGCAAGUGUAUAAAUUAUCAAGCGCGGAAAUUCAUCACCGCUCAACAACAACAGCAACAACACCUGUGAAGAAGGAGAAGAGAGGCGAUAAUUGAGCGAGGGUGUUUAGUCGAAAACUAGUUUCGCACAAUUCCGGGCGUGUGGUUUGUGUUUCUGGCGCAAUUGGUGCUAGCAGUAGCCAAGCAAUUCAGCCGAAAGAGGAAAAAUUGUGUUCAACAGUCGAUAACAUAACUCUUCACGUUGGGCUUUUCCGACAUUCGACUUUGAACCGGCAGGAUUGGAGAAAGAGUGUGCAAAGCCGGAAAAAAACUUGUGUAAAUAUUUAUAUUUGCUCGUACAUAGAAUACGCUCACGGACCAGCCGCGGCAAGUGAUUUAUUGUACGCAGGAAAAUAUCUGUGUGGAAGUUUGUGCUGCCUGCAAUUACCGCAAAACCGAGCAAUAGAGACAGUCACCUGCGCCGCGGAAAAGUGAUACUUGGAAUCUCGCGAGGAAGCGGGAAAAUGACCUUUAAUAGGAAGGAAAACAUUGUCAUUUGAUAGAUUUUCCUUUGUUUUCGUUAUAAACACUAAGUUUGGUAAAAAGUAACUCAUGCUUACGAGUCUACGCAGGGAUUACUCAACCGCCGAAGCUGUGCUAACAUCCAAGAAGCCGACCGAGCACAGCAACAAAAUGAAGCUGCUACCGAUACCAUUGUCACCGUUGAAUCCUCCCGCACCGCUUGGAAUAUGGGGAUCGGAUCUACUCUGGCGGUAUCCACCGGCACCACCCAGUCCUCUUGCUGACCUCAAGACGCAACUGCCGCCUCAGUUGAACACCGACCCACGGAUUUGGGGUCGCGAGGAGGUCGCCGUAUUCCUGCGGUUCUGUGAGCGAGAAUUCGACCUACCCAAGUUUGAUCUAGAUCUGUUCCAAAUGAAUGGCAAAGCUCUCUGUGUACUAACCAAGAACGACCUGGCUGAACGUAGCCCAGGCGCAGGAGACGUCCUACACAACGUGCUGCAAAUGCUGGUUCGUGAUGCCCAGACCCUACACCGCCAUCUACCGAACAGCCCUGUGACUCCUACUAGCCGCUAUCCGCUGUCACCUCACAGCCAUCCUCCAACACCAAAUUGGAGUGCCCUAGCACCCCCCGAUAGCCCUUUCUUCCACAACAGCCACCUGCAGCAGUUCAUGGCCGCAUCGAAUUCCGUCACUCUUAGUCCAGCGCCAUCUAUUGAUUCCCAAGCGGGAAGUCCACCACAAAGCCACCAAGAGCAGCUACAGAACGUUUUCCAGAAAUCCUCCAGCAGCAGUAGUAGUAUCCACACGCAAAACAGUAACUCUGGAGGCAGCAGUAACCAAUCCGACUCAGAUGAGGACAACUCCACUGCCAAAUAUCACCCCCUUCCACUAUCCCAUCCAGACAGCAAACUACCAUUACUUACCCAACAAAACCAGAGCCCUCCACUGACCCCAAUCUCCAAGGAAACGCAACAUCUGGGUCAGCUGCAGUUGCUUGACACCAAGACGCUCCAAUACCCGGUAUCGUCACUGUUGAACAAUAGUUCCAGUGCAAGCAGCAACAAUGGUGUCACGAGCUCCACCGCCAACGGUAGCACAAAUGGAAGCAGUAGUGGCAGUAACGCUUCCCUCAGCAAUGGCUCAUCUGCCGUCUCGAAUGGCCAUUCGCUCAGCUUAAAGUCGCCAACCCUGUCACCACCAUCCAGUUCAUCUUCUAAUGGGUCGUCUUCAGCGCCCAAUACUCCUGGAGCGUUCCUUCCAGUCAAGCGAGAAUUCUUCCCUGAUGGUCCUGAACCUAACACAAAUGGAAGACUUCUGUGGGAUUUCCUGCAACAGCUCUUGAAUGACCCAUCUCAACGGUACAGCAGCUAUAUUGCGUGGAAGUGUCGAGAUACCGGAGUGUUCAAAAUCGUCGAUCCAGCGGGAUUGGCCAAACUAUGGGGCAAACAAAAGAAUCACCUCUCGAUGAACUACGACAAAAUGUCUCGUGCGUUGCGGUACUACUAUCGUGUCAACAUUCUACGAAAGGUGCAAGGCGAACGACACUGUUACCAAUUCCUCCGCAAUCCCACUGAGCUGAAGAGCAUCAAGAACAUCUCCCUACUUCGCCAAACAAUGGCCAGUCAAAGCGCAAACGGACAAUCCACGGCAUCGGCCGGAGGUGCCGGCAACCACUCGCUGAUGUCACUGCUGCCGAACGGUGCUAACAUUCACCAUUUAGCUGCUGCCGCCGCGGCCGCUGCGGCCUCCCAUCAACAGGCAAACGGUGGAGGUCCGAUUUCGCCCAGCGCGUUACACCACCCCCAUCACCCAUCGCAAUCGUCAGUACAAAGCUCAGCAUCCGCCAAUGGUGCCGUCAACGGUUACCACAUCAAGAUGGAAACCGAUCUCGAUGAGAUGAAGCCUACCGACCUGAGCACAAGUGAUCGUAAAUACUACGGCACUGGAUCGAAUGGAGUUGACUGUUACCCAUUGAUUCGGAACGCAAAUGGUUUAACCACCAUCCAACUGCUACGUCAACAGCAAGCCCACCACUCACAGGAGAACGGGUCACCUCCACCAUCCCCCAGUCAUCUGUCGCUCAACUCUCAAUCCCUGCAUACCAUCAGCAGCAACCUGCACCACUUGCACCAACAACAACUGCAAGCACAGGCUGCUGCCGCGGCAGCUGCUGUUGCGGCCGCCGAAGCACGGCACCAGCAGCACCAGGAAGACGACGAACACCGACUAAAGCUGGAACAUGACCGAGAACACGACCGGGACCGAAGUCCCUCGCCUGUCGACCACCACCAGCAACAGCAGCACCACCACCAUGUCGUUAAAGCCAGCGACGACGAAAGCAUGAUGCCCACGGAUCUGAGCAAAUCCGAUUCAAUGUACUACAAAUAGGCAACUGUUCUCCCAUUCAUUUGGCAACAUUGUUGUGACAAUCAUCAUACAGAGGACGCUUCGACGGAGGAUAGCUCGUGCUAUCGGACCUCAGCCAGAGACCGGCGUAACGAGAGAUCUCAGCAACCACCGGUGCCAUCCUUCCAUUUGCGGUAGAGCGAAAAGGCGAUCUCAUUGGCUGGCGGUCCACACAUCGGCUAUCCUUUUAUCUUCCGUGUGUUUAUCACAAAUGACUGAACAAAAAAAAAAUAAGAAAAAUAAAGCAAAAACAAAAAUACGUGUGAUAGAAACAAAA